AUGACAGCGGGCCGGCGGCUAAGUGACCAGGUCUCUGAGGACCGCAGCAAGGCGGCCUAUGACUCCACGCGGCAGGCGAGGGCUGUGGCUUGCGCCCUUCUAGGCGGAUUCUCAGUUCCAUCUGAAGCCAGGGCCCUCAAAAGUUUCUGGGCGUUGCAGAUCAAUCGCUCGUCCACAGCCACUACGCCGAGCCUGCUCAAGGAUAUCGAGGCCUUGAUCGGAUCCCUGAUGGUGUCCAGCGCUGAUGAAGGAGGGAAGCUAGAGAUCGCCAAAAUGUCCAGGCACGUUGCCAUUUCGUCAUUCACGAAAACAUUCUCGACUAGGGCUUUUCUCGCAGUGUAUGACAUCGAUCUGGCAUCGACGAAUGUGCCAGAAACCUUCAUCGCCCCCUAUGACAAGCUCAUUGGGCUGCAGACCUGA